AGUGACACUAAUGAUGUUUUGUCUCUUUAAUUCUCAUGCGCGGGAAUCUCGUCCUCAAACAAACAAUACAAGGUCAAAAGGUAAUAAAAAUAAUCGUUUUUUUCUUAUUGUUUGAAAUUGAAACUAUGCAAAAUUAGCUAAAGAUAACAACAAUUAUGUCCAAAGACAUUCGUUCGUUUUUCACCGUCCUAUCAAAGAAACCGGGCGAUGGGGCCAAACCGCCUAGUAAACCCAAAAAGGCUCCGGUCAUCAUUGAUUCUGACGAUGAAGUUGUUGCAAAGACUCCAGAAGUCGUUAAAAAACCUUUAAAACACAAGAAAAGAGCUGUUGUGAUUAGCUCAGAUUCGGAAGAUGAAGGUAACAGUAAGAAGAAAACAGCAUCUGCGAAAAAGCCUAAAGUUGCUGAGGAAAAACCAAAGUUGAAACCUAUAGAUCUUGAAGCCUUUAAUAGACCAAUCAAGCAGAGUGAAGUUACAUAUGUUCCUAAGAAACAAGAAGAUAAAAAUGGGAAAGAAAGUGAGAAACAGAAAACUGAUAAGGGUAAAAAAAAGAAAAGCAAGGGAAAGAAUCAAGGAAAGAAUACUGAGAUAGGUGUUCAUGGAGAUGCAGAUUUUGAAAAAACCUUGGAAGAUCUGGAUGAAGAUAGUGAUGACACAAUUCUACUUGAAAACUUGGAUAUUCUUGAUAAAACCUUCGAGGAGGCAAUGCUUGCGGAGAAUAACAAAACCAAGGAAAAAAAAGAUUCUCCAGAUAAAAAGGAAAAAGUUAAACACUGUGAUAGAAAAGAAUUAUCUUCCGAGAAAAAAAAGAAAAUUAAUCAUUCUGAUGAAAUAGCAGAGGGUAAGAUAAAACAAUCUGACAAAAAAGAAAAAUCUGCUACACCAUCCAAAAAGGAAAAUCCAAUAAAAGAAACUCCAAAAAAAUCUGAAAAAAGAUCCAGAAAAAACUCCGAAUCUUCUACUCCAACUUCAAAUAAGAAACCGAAACUAGAACUACCUGAUGAUCCUGGAAUCGAAAAGGAAUUUGAAAAGUGGGAAAAGAAGCGACAAUCUGUUGGAAAUUAUGUGGCCUAUUUGCACAGAGGCGGACCAAAACAUCAUGGGGAAAAAGAAUACCCUAAAGGAAAACCAGAUUGCUUGAAAAAUUUAACUUUCUUACGAACUGGGGUUCUAGAUUCUUUGGAAGGGGACGAAUUUGGUACUCUGGUAACUGAUCAUGGUGGCAGGGUAGUUCAUUCUGUGUCAAAAAAAGUUGAUUAUUUAGUUGUCGGUGACCAGCCUGGACCGGCUAAACUGGAAAAGGCCAAAAAUUAUAAUAUACCUGAAAUUACGGAAGAUGAUUUUUUGGAUUUAAUUUUGGUAAAAUCUGGAAUGAAGCCUAAAUAUGCUGUUAAAGAUAAAGAGUGCAGUAGUGAAGAUUUAGGCUAUGUUGGAUCUGAACCUAUUUCUUCUAGCCCAGAGAAGAAUAUCGAGGAAACUCAAAGUAAAGCAAGUAGUGCUGUUGGAAAACCUAAUUUGAAAAAAUUAAGUGAAAAAUUGGAAAUUGAAAGUGAUGACAAAGAAAAGUUACAAACAAAAAAGCCCAAAGAAAAAAUUAAACUUGAACAUGAAUCAAAAGAAAUUGAAAAAUCUGAAAAAAAAUUAUUACACAAAGAAAAGACAAAAAUAUUGGAAGAAAAACCAGUUAAAAAAGAAAAAGAUGUUAAAGAAAUAGACUCGUCAAAGGUGAAACCUAUAAUGCCCAAAAUUCCUGAUGUGAAAGCAUCUUCUGAAACUUUAUGCUGGACAGAAAAAUAUAAACCCAAUAAUCUUAAGGGAAUUAUAGGUCAACAGGAUGCCAACAGCAACAUGAAUAAACUGAAAAAAUGGCUGGAAAAUUGGUAUAGAAACCAAGUUCCAGAAAAAAGAAAGAAUCUUCCCCGUCCCAGCCCAUUCAAUCAGUUCGAUGGAGCGUAUUUCCAGGCAGCACUGCUAAGUGGAGGUCCUGGUGUUGGUAAAACCACAACAGCCACUUUGGUAGCUAAAGAAUUAGGCUUCGAUAUAGUCGAAUUUAAUGCUUCAGACACCCGCAGUAAAAAAUUACUGCACGAAGAAAUUUCGCAAAUGAUGAGUUCCAAAACUGUUGCAGGAUUUGCUACAGGUAAGAAGAAUAAUAUGAACCAAAAACGUGUGUUACUUAUGGACGAAGUGGAUGGGAUGGCCGGCAAUGAGGAUCGGGGAGGCAUUGCAGAACUUAUUAGCUUUAUUAAAACAGCCAAAUUUCCUAUAAUUUGUAUGUGCAACAAUAGAGAUUUACCUAAAAUGCGCACUUUGGUUAACCAUUGCUAUGGGCUCAGGUUUGGAAAACCUAAUGUGAUGCAAGUUACGGGUGCAAUGAUGUCGAUAUGUUUCAAAGAAGGCCUGAAAAUUGAGUCGAAAGCCCUUUCUCAACUGGUUGCAGGCACUGGUUGUGAUAUUCGUCAAACCCUCAAUCACCUGUCUAUGUGGUCUGCUUCAGACAACAGCCUCAGUGCUGAUACUAUUCAAAAAGAAUCCAAGAACUCUCAAAAGGAUGUUGUUUUCGGCGCUUGGGAUGUUAUUAAGAAGGUUUUUAACAAGAGUGAAAAUGCCAAUAUGAGUUUUAUGGACAAAGCUCGGCUUUUUUUCUACGAUUACAGUUUUGGUCCUAUGUUUGUUCAAGAGAAUUAUUUGAGUACUGUUCCAGAAUGUACCAGCAAAACCAUGUCAAAAUCCCAAGAAACUCUCAUCAGACGUCAAUUAGCUGCAGACUGUUUGAGCCAGAGCGACUUAAUCGAAUCGAAAAUACGCAGCACUAACAAUUGGUCCUUACUGGAUACUCAGGCCUAUUUCAGUACAGUUUUGCCAAGUCAUUAUCUAUCGGGUACUUUGAGUCAAACCCGAUUUCCUCAGUGGUUUGGAAAAAAUUCGCAACGCAACAAAAACUUGAGGAUCGUUGCUGAAUUGCAUUCGCAUGCCAGAACCAGUAUUUCUGGUGAUAAAAUGUCAGUACGUCUGGAUUAUGCGCAGCCCCUUUUAAAACGAUUAUUAACUCCGCUCAAAGAACAACAAGCGGCUGGAAUUGAUGACACUUUAUCUGUGAUGAAGGCCUAUUCGUUACUAAGAGAAGAUUUGACCAAUCUUUGUGAUUUGAUGACCUCGUUUGAGGCUAAAAAGAAAAAUCCUUUUGAUUCUAUUAGCUCAUCGGUAAAAUCUGCUUUAACUAGAAAAUAUAAUAAGACAAUGGUACUUAGCUUUGCUCCGCCAACAGCUUCGAAGAAAAAAAAGGCUGCUGCUAAUGAACAGGACUUUUUUGAUGAAGAAGAACAAUCUGAUGAUGAGCAAGUCGAAGAUACUGUUGAUACUGAUGCUUUAAUUAAGGUGAAAAAUAAACCUGGAAGCAGUAAAGAAACCACUUCGUCAGGCAGAAAGGACAAAAAAGAUGGUAAAACUAGUAAACCCAGUACAAGUAAAAGAGCAAAAAAAUAAAAGGAACAUAAUUUUCUAUAUUAAAAUAUUUUUCUUUUUUUAAGGCGUGUUUCUUUACAGAAAAAUCACGCUAUUUUGUAUUGUAUAUUUUUUCUAAAUACUUGUUUUUUUUUUUCAAACCUAGUGAUGUAGUUGUUGAAUUUGAAUGUCCCUAUAUCAAUUAAUCAUAAUAUUUUUGAAAAUUA